UCCACCUCCACUCCGAUGGCCUUCUUCUUCUUCUUCCUCCUCCUCCUCCUCCACCCCGCCACCUCCUCCUCCGCCGCCGCCGACCGCCCCCCCUCCCCCGGCUACUGGCCGAGCACCCGCUUCCACCCCAUGGAAUUCUACCGAAGCUUUCGCAACCUCUGGGGCCCUCAACACCAAGGCUUGAACCAAAAUACACUCUCCAUUUGGCUCGAUCGCUUUACUGGCAGCGGCUUCAAAUCCCUCCGCCCUUUCCGAUCCGGAUACUUCGGCGCCUCCAUCAAACUCCAACCAGGCUACACCGCCGGCGUCAUCACCGCCUUCUACCUUUCCAACAACGAAGCCCACCCCGGAUUCCACGACGAAGUCGACAUCGAAUUCUUGGGAACGACAUUAGGAAAGCCUUACACAUUACAGACAAACAUUUACAUCAGAGGAAGCGGCGACGGUCAAAUCAUUGGCAGAGAGAUGAAAUUCCAUCUCUGGUUCGACCCCACCACCGAUUUUCACCAUUACGCCAUUCUCUGGCACCCAAAGGAAAUCAUAUUUCUUGUUGACGACAUACCCAUAAGGAGAUAUCCAAGGAAGAGCGCUACGACAUUCCCACUACGACCAAUGUGGCUUUACGGUUCGAUUUGGGAUGCAUCUUCAUGGGCAACGGAGGAUGGAAAAUACAGAGCUGAUUACAGUUACCAGCCAUUUGUGGCUGAGUUCACUAAUUUCAAAGCAGGGGGUUGUUCGGCAUACUCUCCGGCACGGUGCUGGCCGGUGUCUGCGUCGCCGUUCCGAUCAGGGGGGUUGACAAGGCAACAGCAAAACGCGAUGAAAUGGGUGCAGAGCAAUCACUUGGUUUAUAACUAUUGUUCGGAUAACGAGAGAGACCAUUCUUUAACACCAGAGUGCUGGCAAUAGAAAAGUUGGGUAUUACUGUUGAUUUCCCCAUGCAC